AUGGCACUAAAAGGCUCAGAACACAGCAUGGACUCUGAACAACGUCCAGUUGCGGAGAAGCAUCUCAUCAACACGACAAUUAAAAACUUUACCUGGAGCAACGUCACCGUAACUGUCAAGGAUAGAGAGACCAAGCAGCCAAAGGCGAUUGUUGAUAAUGUUCAAGGUAUUGUUGAAGCCGGCGAGAUAUGCGCCCUCAUGGGACCUUCUGGCUGUGGCAAGACAACGCUUCUCAACGUGUUAGCACGCCGUCCGACAAAUGCGAGCAAUGUCGAAGAACAAGUACUUGUCAACGGCAAGCACUUAUCACUUGCAGAGUUUCGAGAAGUAUCGUGCUUUGUUGAGCAGGAAGAUGCUCUCAUUGGAUCGUUGACUGUUCGAGAAACACUCGAGUUCUCAUCACGACUCGCCAGUUCAAGCUCUCUGUCUAAAAAGGAACGUAAUGUUCGUAUAGACAACCUUCUCGAAUCUUUUGGCCUGGUCGAACAAGCCAACACUCUCAUCGGCACCCCCAUCCGCAAGGGCAUUUCAGGCGGCCAGAAGCGCCGUGUAGGCGUUGCGAGUCAACUGAUCACUAGCCCUAAGCUUCUUUUCCUUGACGAACCUACAAGUGGUCUUGACUCGGCUGCUAGUCUAGAGGUGGUCAAGUAUCUUCGCGUAGUAGCGAAACGCAACAAUCUCAUUGUCAUUUGCUCUAUUCAUCAACCUUCAACUUCGACCUUUAACAUGUUUGAUAAACUGCUUCUCCUCUCAGGUGGAAAGACACAUUACUUUGGCCCUGUAAGCAGUGUCGCUGCCUAUUACGCCCAAGUUGAAGCUCCACUGCCUCAAUACGUCAACCCAGCAGAGCAUCUCCUUGAACUGGUCAACAUUGAUUUUGCUCAAAAUAGGGGCGAAGCAUCGCGCAACCUUGGAUCGCUGCAGGAUUCUUGGGUGGCUUCGCAACAGGCGAGCCAAGUCAGUGAUGCAAUCAAGACUGCCGAAUCUUCAGGUGGCGAUUGGAGUGUUGAGACUAUCGAGAAGAGGCCCAGCAUGCCGAGCCUCACGUUGACUUUGCUACACCGAAGCUUUAUUAAGAGCUAUCGAGAUGUUGUCGCUUAUGGUAUUCGCCUAGCCAUGUACUUGGGCUUGGCAAUCAUGAUGGGCACUGUUUGGCUGAGAUUAGAUCCAGAACAAGAGUCUAUCCAACCAUUCAUCAAUGCCAUCUUCUUUGGCUCAGCCUUUAUGAGCUUCAUGGCUGUGGCUUAUGUCCCUGCAUUUAUCGAAGACCGACUGCAGUACGUCAAAGAGCACCACAACGGUCUGUACGGUGCUACCGAACUGAUCUUGUCCAACUUCUUGAUCGGUAUACCGUAUCUCUUCAUCAUAUCGGCUCUGUUUUCGGUUAUCUCAUACUGGCUCUCCAACUUUCAGCCCACGGCAACGGCGUUUUUUACAUGGGUCAUGUGGCUGUUCCUUGACCUGUUGGCAGCCGAGUCGCUCGUCGUUUUCAUGACGUCGUUGUUCCCAAGCUUUGUCAUCUCGCUUGCACUGGUGGCUUUCGCAAACGGUUUGUGGAUGUCUGUCGGUGGGUUCAUGGUGCCCCCAACGAUUCUAAACGUCUUUUACAAGUACGUGUUCCACUAUUGGGAUUAUCAGAAGUAUGUCUUUGAAGGCAUGAUGGUGAAUGAGUUUUCGAAGCGCGUGUAUAGCUGUGGCGAUGGAUGCCAAUGCAUGUACCGAUCUCCUUUGGCGGAUCAGUGUGAGAUUGAUGGACAAGCUGUGCUGAAUCAAUAUGGUUAUUCUAGUGGUCAUUUGGGUAGAAACGUGGGCAUCAUGAUUUCCAUCAUUGCUGGAUAUAGGAUUGCAGCGUGGCUGGUUCUUAUGUUGAGGAAGUGA